GGCUCGACUGGUCCUUGUGGGCAGCCUGGGCGCCGACAUGGGUCGGAAGCGGGUGUCGGGCGGCGGCGGGGUCGGCCUGGGGCGGGCCCUCAUCAAGGAGCGCAACCUGCAGAACCGGAGCCGGCGGCGGCGGGACCCCUGGCUGCACACGAAGGAGUUGGACGAGGGCGGCGCCUGGGGCCGCGCGGACCCGCGCUCCGUGACGGAGCCCACGGCCCUGGAGGAGUUCCUGGCCACGGCCGAGCUGGCCGGCACCGAGUUCGCGGCGGAGAAGCUGAACGUGCGCUUCGUCCCCCCCGAGGCCCGGACGGGGCUGCUGCCCCCGGAGGAGGAGCUGCAGGUGCAGGCGCGUCACCGGGAGCACCGGGGGGCCCUGCGGAUCCCGCGCAGACCCCCCUGGGACCAGGGCACCAGCACCGAGAAGCUGCAGCAGGCCGAGAGAGAGAACUUUCUGGAGUGGAGGCGGCAGCUGGGGCGGCUGGAAGAGGAGCAAAACCUGAUCCUGACCCCGUUUGAGAGAAACCUGGACUUUUGGCGCCAGCUCUGGAGGGUCAUCGAGAGGAGUGACGUCGUCGUUCAGAUAGUGGACGCUCGCAAUCCCCUCCUGUUCCGUUGCGAAGACUUGGAGCGCUACGUGAAGGAAGUCAGCAGAGAAAAGGAAAACGUGAUUCUGAUCAACAAGGCCGACCUGCUGACGGAGGAGCAGCGCCGCGCCUGGGCCGCGUUCUUCGAGCGAGAAGGCGUGAAAGUGAUUUUCUGGUCCGCUCUGGCUGAAGGCAUCCGGCUGGACCCGAGAUCAAAGGAACCAGCUGAGAGUUCCGAGGAGGGCGAAGACUGGGAAGAUGGGGCCAAAGGCAUGCAGAGGGGUGCCUCUGACCUGGAGAUCCCAGGGGGUGCACGGCUGCCCCCCGACGAGGAAGAGGACGAGGACGAAGAUGAAGACGGGAGUGACGGGAUGAGUGAAGAAGGGGACAGUGAAUAUGAAGAUUGUCCUGAGGACGAUGACCACUGGCAGACGUGCUCUGAGGAUGAUGGCAGCCACGAAGAUGAGUCCUCCGGCCAGAGCUGGCAAGAAAACAGAGCGAGCGGCAGCCUGGAGCAGGAGCCACGGGGCAGCAGUGCCCGUGUGCAGAAUGACCACCACCUCGUGGAAAAGCAGGAAUUGCUGGACCUCUUCAAAGAGAUGCAUUCUGGGAAGAAGGUCAAGGAGGGGCAGCUCACUGUGGGGCUGGUGGGCUACCCCAACGUCGGAAAGAGCUCCACCAUCAACACCAUCUUCGGGAACAAGAAGGUGUCUGUCUCGGCCACACCAGGACACACCAAACACUUCCAGACGCUCUAUGUGGAGCCCGGCCUGUGUCUGUGCGACUGUCCUGGCCUGGUGAUGCCCUCCUUCAUCUCCACCAAGGCCCAGAUGAUCUGCUGCGGGAUUCUACCCAUUGACCAGAUGAGAGACCACGUGCCCCCCAUCUCCCUCAUUUGCCAGAACAUCCCAAGACACGUCCUGGAGGCGACCUAUGGGAUUCACAUCAUACGGCCCCGAGAAGACGAAGACCCCAAUCGGGUGCCCACCUCAGAGGAGCUGCUGACGGCUUACGGCAGCAUGAGGGGGUUCAUGACUGCCCACGGACAGCCUGACCAGCCCCGAGCUGCUCGGUACAUUCUGAAGGACUACGUGCGGGGCAAGCUGCUGUAUUGCCACCCUCCUCCUGGCAUUGAGCCUGCAGACUUUCAGCCACAGCACGAGAAACUGAGGCGCAGCCGGGGGCGACCCGAGGUACAGGCACUGCCCCUGAACCACCCCAAGGCCAAACAGAUCGAGAACGUGGUUGACCGAGCCUUUUUCCACCAAGAGAACGUGUGGGCGCUGACCAGGGGCGUGCAGGCCGUGAUGGGCCGCAGGCCUGGGGGUGCCCCUGCCGGCCAUACUGCGGGCCCUGGGAAGCCCUGGAAGAAACACGGCAACCGCAACAAAAGGGAGAAGGUCCGCAGGGUCACCAAGCACUUGGACGCCUGACGGAGGCCGAGCAGGUGCCUGUGGACGCCUCCCUCCUGACCCGUGGGGCCAGGGGCCGAAGCCUGCUAGUGGCCUGUGCCCCCUGCCAUGAGGGUUGAGGCUGCUGCCUUGGGAACCACCAGCCUCCCGGCAAGUAAACGACACACGGAUGGACGAAGGAACGAGGGAAUGAUGGGAGACACGGAUCUGGUACCCCUCCCCCCCCCCCACAUUCUGUACUUUGAAGAGCCAGAGGGAUGUUUUUGGAAGCGAAUGUGGAAGCGUGUGGGGAGAUCCAGGGCCUGCGCGGGGGCCGGGGCCAUGUCCCCACGAGGUUGGCGGAUCCGGCCAUCGGCUCCCACUGGACAAUGCCUUCGUGAAGGCCGGGUCACCUUUCUGCCCUUACCUCUGGGGCCUGUGACUCUUAGCAAGGCCCCCAGGUAAGUCUCUCAGCCAGGGGCUCGGCGGGUGACAGUGUCCUGCCAGGAAAGGUCGCAGAGACGGGGCUGCCAAGGAGAGCCUCGGAGGGCCCCCACCCCAGCCCCCUCCUCCAGGGGAAGGGGAGGAACAAGGAAGUGCCUCAAGAUAAGCCCUGGCCCCAGGGACAGACGGCACAGGUUCCCAUCUACUACAGAUCACUGUCUUUAGACAGGGAGACUGUCCCUGGUCCCCCAGCCUCUGGGUCUCUACAUUAUGUGGAGCCUCCUCAGCUCACAGUCCAGGAUGUCAGGAGGAAACAGGCAGGAUUCCCUGGGGAACAGGAUUGGGUCUUGAAUCCAGGCCCCGUGAUCUGCCAUUGGGGGUGUCCUCAAAACGAGCGCUUCGGGGGGGGGGGGGGGGGGGGGGGAGGUAAAAAAGCGCUUCCUGCCCAGGGCCAGGAAGGGGGAGAGAAAAGGACCAGACAAGGAUUUCUCAGGUUUGGGUUCCUGGGGCUAAGACAGACUGCCAGUGGGGCCCAGUCAGCCCCAAGUGUCCUGUUCUCAUCCCAAAGGGUUGGAGGGGGAGGCUAGAGCCCAGAGUGUGGGCGGACUGGCCAUCUUAGAGCCAGGGGCAUCUUGUGCCAAACACGGGGACACCAAGACCAACAAAAGCUAGGCUGCCACCCUGCCCCCUCAGCAUCUUUCUGGUCCGGUCCAUGGGCAUCUCCUGCCCGGGUGGCUCUCUUCCCUUUGGGUAACUAAGGCUCAGAAGGCCUCAAGUUGUCCCUUUGGGGCUUCUACCACUGAACCUAGUGGGGGACACAGAUGCCACCUCAUUGGACAGAUGAGAAAAAUGUCCACGGCGCUCACCACAUUGAGGUGUUGGACAGUCUUCCCCAGACCUGCUGGCUCCUACCCCAGUGCUGCCCCCCUGUCCCCUAACAGUAACCUUUGACAUACCUGGAGGCAGCAAGGGCAUAUCCAGCACCUGCCCUUCUUGGGAUAAAUACGCCCAGCUCCUUCAGCCAGUGCCCCGGGCACAGAUGAGACCUUCUGGACCUGGCAACAUCGUGUUGAGCUGGAGGUGGCCUCCGCCAGCCUGGGCACUCCAGGGUACCACUGAGAGCAGCUUAAAAGUUUAAAAUGUCUGUUCGUUAAAAAAAGAUUUCGUUGUCCUCCACAAGAGAUUAAGCAAGUUGAAUCUUUGCCUCUUUCCCUUUCCCCUUAACUGUUCUUAAAGGAAGGUAUGGACCCUUAGAUACGUGAUGCUUAAUUAUUAAGCGCCUGCUGGGUACAAAGUGCUGUUCCCAGGGAGAGGAAGCAGAAAGAUAUGGGAAAUUGGGUGUUCUCCCAAGGGGAAUCUUAGACAGCUGGAGAGCUCUUGGGCUAUUUGACAUGGGCAUCAUAUUUGAAUGCUGGCAUCAGGAGCAUAGGUGCCAGGCUGUUAUCCUGCAGAUAAUCUCAGAAUGAUUGGAAUGGGGAAGGUUUUGUGCCAUUGUGGUGACUAAUGUGUCUUGGAAUGGAAGAGGACUUUUCUCCCUUAAGGAAGCAAGUUCCCAUAGAGAUGACCCUAGAAGAUUGCCCAGAGUGCACAGCACUUCAACCAGAAGGACCGGUUAAAAGGGAUUGCCCCCUUUGUCAUGUCAGUCUUUUAACAUUUUCUUUCAUUUUGAAAUUAAAAAACCCACUUCCAUACAUGCAGCACAAUCUUAAAAAGAGCUCAAAAACAAACCAUGAAUUUCCAUUUCAUGCUAUUUUUCUAAAACUAAUAAACACCUUAUUUUCAA